AUGGCUGCCUUGCAAUCCACAAGCGACGACAACAAUGACGGUACCCUUGGGGUGAACAAUGAAAUCCAGGAGGUCAACAGCAACAUUUCCAAACCGACGAAACGCCAGCGAUGGGCGACGACACGUCAUGUUGGGCCGGGGGGUAUGAAGAAGCGAGUGUCUAUAAUCGACCGGUUUCACAAGCGCACGGGAUCGAGAGAAGAGAAGCGCAAAUCCACCACACCGAGUAGUGCCGCCGAUACCGUGUCCACUCGCGUGGACGACAAUCAUGCCUCGGGACCAAAUCGGACUAUCUACUUCAACACCCCGGUCCCUGAGAGCGAGCGAGAUGAGGAAGGCCGGCCGAUUCAUAUCUACCCCCGCAACAAAAUUCGCACUGCAAAGUAUACGGCAUUGACCUUCGUCCCCAAGAACAUUUGGCUCCAAUUUCACAACAUCGCGAACAUCUACUUCUUAUUCACCGAUAAUGAUGGUGCAGAGACGUUGAAGAGUCACAAGCUAAUCAGUAUAUGUUGUUUCCUAGUUUUUCCGAUCUUCGGUGCUAACAAUCCCGGCCUGAACGCUACUCCAUUGAUUGUCAUUAUUGUUGUGACAGCAAUCAAGGAUGCCAUCGAAGACUGGGGUCGCACGGUUUCUGACAGUCAGGUCAACAACUCCCCGGUUUACCGACUCGUCGAUUGGGACAAUGUCAAUUCGUCGGAGGAUAACAUUUCCCUGUGGCGCCGGAUCAAGAAGGCGUCAACUCGAGGUGCGAUUGCCUCAUACAAGUGGGCAAAGAAAGCCUUCACCAAAAAGAAGGCGAAUGAAGAGGAUCCUCAGGAUGAGGACCGCCGACCAUCUUACCUCACAACAGCCGAACCGCGGUCGUCGAUCUACUCACAUCGCAACUCUAUGGCUGCGGAGACUGCAAUUCCUAUGACCGCUGUCUCGCCGCCAGCAGCUGAGGUGCGAGAAGACUGGCCCAUCCCAAAUAACCCCGAGGCCAAGUACCUUCACCCCGAUAGCGCUGCUCGAAAUAGCUUGCUUUCACCUACCUCCCUCGACAAGAAGACCGGGAGUGUUCUAGACAAAACGAAGGAAACACCUGGAACUGCGCGAUUCAAGCGGGACCAUUGGAAAAGCAUCCAAGUGGGUGACUUUGUUCGACUUUACAACGAGGACCCCGUCCCGGCCGACAUUGUGAUCCUAUCUACCUCCGACCCGGACGGAGCAUGCUAUGUGGAGACCAAGGGUCUCGAUGGUGAAACCAACCUGAAAGUCCGACAAGCUCUUCACUGUGGUCGACAAGUGCGCCAUGCACGCGACUGCGAAAAGGCCGAGUUCACGAUUGAAAGCGAAGCGCCUCACGCGAAUCUUUACGCCUACAACGGCGCCAUCCGAUGGGAUCAGCGUGAUCCUAGGUACCCGGAUGCCCCCCCCAAGGAGAUGGUCGAGCCCAUCACAAUCAACAACAUGCUCCUCCGUGGUUGCUCUUUGCGCAGUACCGAAUGGGUCCUCGGAGUGGUUGUUUUUACUGGCGGUGAUAGUAAGAUCAUGCUGAAUUCCGGCGCGACACCCGCAAAGCGGGCACGACUGGCCAAGGACUUGAACUGGAAUGUCAUCUACAACUUCUUCAUCCUCUUCGCCAUGUGCCUUGUUGCGGGUAUCGUCAAUGGUGUCGCAUGGGCCGCUCCCGACAAGUCAUUAGACUUUUUCGACUUUGGAUCUUAUGGCGGCACGCCUCCUGUGACGGGCAUCAUCACUUUCUGGACUGCGCUCAUCCUGUUUCAGAACUUGGUCCCUAUCUCCCUCUACAUCUCAUUGGAAAUUGUUCGCACAAUUCAGGCCGUCUUCAUUCACAGUGAUAUCUUUAUGUACUACGAGAAGCUUGGUCUAUAUUGUGUCCCUAAAUCCUGGAACAUUUCCGACGACGUGGGACAGGUGGAGUACAUCUUCUCAGAUAAAACCGGCACCCUGACACAAAACGUCAUGGAAUUCAAAAAGGCUACCAUCAACGGCAUGGCGUACGGGGAGGCCUAUACCGAAGCUCAGAUGGGCAUGCGGCGUCGUGAAGGUGCCGAUGCUGACAAGGAGGCGGCGGAGGCUCGGGCCCAGAUCGCUGCCGAUUCUAAAAAGAUGCUGGCAAUGCUCCGUGAAAUUCAUGACAAUCCGUACCUGAAGGAUGAGAAUCUGACGUUCGUUGCUCCGCACUUUGUUGCAGAUAUUGCCGGCCAGUCAGGCCAGGCUCAAAAAGCUGCCACGGAACACUUCAUGCUCGCCUUGGCGCUGUGCCAUUCUGUCAUCACUGAGCACACUCCCGGCGACCCACCACAAAUUGAGUUCAAGGCCCAGUCACCCGAUGAGGCGGCCCUCGUCAGCACCGCUCGAGACUGCGGCUUUACAGUCCUUGGUCGAGCUGGUGAUGAUCUUUUAGUCAAUGUCAUGGGCGAGGAGCGGACUUACACGGUCUUGAACACCCUCGAAUUCAACUCUUCUCGCAAGCGCAUGAGUGCCAUCAUUCGUAUGCCGGAUGGUACUAUCCGUCUUUUCUGCAAGGGAGCCGAUAGCAUCAUCUACUCUCGUCUGGCUCGUGGCAAACAACAAGAACUUCGUCGUCAGACAGCAGAGCACCUUGAAGAAUUUGCAAAGGAAGGACUCCGAACUCUUUGCAUUGCUGAUCGUCUGUUGAGUGAGGAAGAAUACCUGGCCUGGAACCGGGAGCACGAUAUUGCUGCAGCUUCAAUCACUGAGCGCGAAGAGAAGAUGGAGGAAGUUGCUAGCCAGAUCGAGCAAGAGCUCAUGUUGCUUGGAGGUACCGCCAUUGAAGAUCGUCUCCAAGACGGCGUUCCUGAUACCAUCCAGCUACUCGCAGAUGCCGGAAUCAAAUUAUGGGUACUCACGGGCGACAAGGUGGAGACGGCGAUCAACAUCGGCUUUUCUUGCAACCUCCUCAACAAUAACAUGGAUCUGAUUGUCCUGAACAUUGCCGAAGGUCAGCGCGAGCACGCGCAGCGUGAACUUGAUAAGCAUCUGGAAGGUUUUGGGUUGACAGGUUCGGAUGAGGAGCUGAUCGCCGCUCGCAAGGACCAUUCACCACCUGAACCCACCCACGCGGUCAUCGUGGACGGUGAAACUCUCAAGAUGAUGUUGGAUGACGAGUUCAAGCAAAAAUUCCUGCUUCUCUGUAAGCAAUGCAAAGCCGUCCUGUGCUGCCGUGUCAGUCCGGCACAGAAGGCUGCUGUUGUCAACAUGGUUCGGCAUGGUCUCAACAUCAUGGGUCUCGCAAUCGGCGAUGGUGCAAACGAUGUGGCCAUGAUUCAGGAGGCUGACGUGGGUGUCGGCAUCGCGGGUGAGGAGGGUCGCCAGGCUGUCAUGUCCUCCGAUUACGCUAUCGGACAAUUCCGCUUCCUCCAGCGCCUGCUCCUUGUGCACGGCAGAUGGUCUUAUCGUCGGCUGGGAGAGUGUAUCGCGAACUUUUUCUAUAAGAAUCUGGUUUGGACGUUCGCUCUCUUCUGGUACUGCAUUUUCAACAAUUUCGACUGCUCCUACCUCUUCGACUAUACAUAUAUCGUCCUUGUCAACCUCGCUUUCACCUCCCUUCCGGUUAUUUUCAUGGGCAUUUUUGACCAGGACGUUGACGAUCGCGUGUCGCUCGCCGUGCCUCAGCUCUACAUGCGUGGCAUCGAGCGCAAGGAAUGGUCGCAACUCAAAUUCUGGUUAUACAUGUUCGAUGGAUUGUUCCAAUCAGUGAUUUGUUUCUUCAUGCCUUAUAUGCUGUACGCGUCGGCAAACUUUGCCACUGAAAAUGGUCGGACUAUCUCCGACAGGACUCGAAUGGGUGUUCUCAUCGGAACCUCGGCCGUUCUCGCCAGCAAUUUGUACAUCAUGAUGAACACCUACCGUUGGGACUGGUUCACAUGCUUGAUCAACGUGAUCAGCUCCCUUCUGAUCUUCUUCUGGACCGGAAUCUACUCCUCUUUCACCGGAGCCGGUCUGUUCUACGAUGCCGCCCAUGAGGUCUACGGUGCCCUCAGUUUCUGGGCUGUGCUGCUUGUGACGGUCAUGAUUGCCUUGCUUCCACGCUUCCUCUACAACUCCGUUCAGAAGGUGUUUUUCCCUCUAGACGUCGAUAUUAUCCGCGAGCAAGUCACGCUUGGCAAGUUCAAGCACCUUGAGGAAUUCGACGACUAUGUGCCUCCCAAUGCAGGUGGCGUUCCUACCACUGGAGAAAGUUCGGCCGCUUCCUCGGAGAUCGCCAAACCGAUCGAGAUGCCUGUCAAGCAAGAUGCCGCCGAUCGUGAUCAGACUACGCGGUAUUUCUCUCCGUCCCCGCAUACCAACGGGCAUAAUCCCCGCAGCCAGAAUGGCAGCAAUGGCACCAACUACACCGAGAGUUUGGACCAGCGUCCGCUACCCCAGUCUGUCGAUAUGGUGCGACGUUCCCAUGAUCGCACCCGUCAUUCGUUUGAGAGAUGCCGACAAAGCUUUGAACAAAGUAAUGACUUCACUUCAGCGGCUCGGCUUUCACGUAUGGAAUCAAGUCACACCCAACGGUCUUAUCAAGACCCCUUCCGGUCCCCUGAUGAGCACACUGCAACAUGA